AUGAAUAAAGAAGAUAUAGACCCUGCCAGCAAAACUCCACCUGGCCAAAUACUAGAAUAUGAUUACCGCCCCACCACCAGUCAGACUUCUUUGGCUCCCCCUUUUUUAAAAGUAAUUCAAUGGAAUAUCGAACGUAACUAUGAAUCACAAGACAUCUUGAUUCUUCUUAAAAAUGUCGAUGCCGAUGUGGUCAUUCUGCAAGAGAUUGACAUUGGGUGCAAACGUUCUGGUAGUAAGAAUCACAUGAAGGAUCUUUGCAUGACCCUUGAAAUGAAAGGAGGUUUUGUGUCCGAGUUCCAUGAGCUAGACGAUCCCUGUCGAAAGCCAAGAGAUGCAGGUGGGGGUGUCCAUGGCAACGCAAUUCUGUCGAAAUAUGAUAUUUCAUUUGAAGUGUUGGAACAUAAACAUCAUCCAUUCAAUUGGGACAGAGACGGUGGAACUCUAAAGGAACCACGUAUAGGAAGACGGUACACAUUAGUGAGUACUGUUCGACCUCCUUCAUUCCCUCCCGUAUUAUGUUACAGUGUUCACUUGGAGGUGUUUACGGGUAUUAUUGGAAGAAUUGAAUGUUUUUCAGAGAUCCUUGAACAUGCCUCAAGACAAGACAAAUACCCUCACCAGCUUAUCUUUGGGGAUCUCAAUACGAUGGGGCACUCGAUUGCUCGCCUGUCGGCUGUGUAUUGUCGAGAUCGAUACCGGUGGGCCAGUCUUGGGCAGACAGAGAGCGGUUGGUGGGAUGAUCGGUUCUUUGGAUUCCAUAUCACCCAGGGUCCGAUUAAUAGCCGACUGGCCAGAGCGUGUGGGCUGUUUGUGGUUGUGCCGAGCUGGCUAGUCGAGCUUGGCUACCGACACCAACCUAGGCUGAUGGACUGGCUGUCGAGGUGGGUUGGGAGUGGGUUUGAGGAGCAUACGCUCAGAGCAGCUCGGAACCCUGGAUUCUACGACCCUUGGGAUCCAGAAGAGGUCACGCUUGAGAAUCCAGCUUAUGGAGGACUGUUCAAGGCCAAACUGGACUGGACUUUAGUCCGUGGCAUGAGUGUAUUGAAAAGGGGCCGCGGCAAUCUGGAUUACAAAGCUAGCGAUCAUGCCUAUUUGUGGGUAGACGUAACACCCGACAAACCAACACAACCAAAGACAGAGACUGAGACUGGCACAGAUUUGGAUACAAAGACAUUGACAGGGGUAGACAAUUAUGAUGAUAAUGAUGGCUCCAAUAAUUGUGGUCAAGUGGGGCCAAUUGGACAAACAGAAACAAAGUCAAAGCAAGAGCCAAAUGAAGUAGGAGUAGGAGUAGAAGUGGUAGGAGUGGUAGGAGUAAAGAAUGGUGAUGAUGAUCGGAAGCUCUGGCAGGCCCGUAGAGCCGCGUGGGGUUCCACGAAUGAGAUUGACUGGAUGUACUAUUUUAUGAUCACUGCACUUUUGGGUGUUUCUUGGCACGUGAUGUCCAAAAUAUAUUGA